AUGAAUAAUGUCAAACGUGCUAACAAGUCCGAAAUCGAGAAAAUUUUUGUGGAGUUAUGUCACGUGGAAAAGGAAAAUCGAGAUAAAGGGAUUGAUAUCCUUUAUGAUUAUAUAACUAAGAAUAGGAAAUGUUUAAAUGAACAUAAGAUAACAUAUAUAUGUAAAGGUUUAUUUUAUUAUUAUUGGUUAUGUUAUUCAAUGGAAGAACAGAAGAAGUGUUCUUUGAAAAUAUGUAGAUUAAUUCAUAAAUUUAAUAGUAAGAAUAAUAAAAAGAAAAAGAAUGUUUUUCUUUUUGUACAAUGUUUUUUACAAGUUAUGUCAAAUAAGUAUGAUAAUUUAGAUAUUCAUCGAUUAAAUAAAUAUUUAUUUUUAUUUAGAGUGUUCCAAGCAGAAAUAUUAAUGUUUUUUCAUAUAAAUGCUUGGAAUAAUUUGUAUCUAAAGAAAUAUAAUAAGAUAUUUUUACAAUAUUUUGAUGAUACUAGCGAACUAUAUUAUAAUUAUAUUGAUACAUUUAUAAAAGAAUUUUUGGGAAAUGAAUAUUUUUUAAAAUCCAAAAAACAAGAACAACGAAAUUAUAAUACCAAACAAUUUUUAUUAUUGAUCGAUCCUUUCUUUAAAAUUAUUUGUAUGACAGAUCAAAAAUAUGUUAUGGAUCUUAUUAACAAAAAAGUUUUCCUUCUCAUCAAAAAAAUGAAACAUAUUAAAAAAAAAUUAUUAAAAAAAAAAAUUAUGAAAUAUAUACAUAAAUGUAAAGUAAAAUAUGGAUUAAAAAUUCUCAAAAAUUUUUAUGAUGUAAUUAAUUCGUCUUCUUCAAAAAAAAAUAAAAAGGAAAAAGGAAAAGAUAAUAAAGGAAAAGAAAAAGAGAAAAAAGUUCCAAUCUUUUUGGAAAAUUUCCAAACAGCAUUUCAUACUACAGAUGAAUCAAAUACUAUGACUACUCCCUCCCAGCUAAAAGAAAAUGGUAACAUUAAAAAUAUAGACGAACAAAAAGAAAUACAUUUAUUAAACCAUACAAAUGUACUUAAUAAUGACAACAAAUUGUUGAAAAAUGAAGAUAUGUUAACAAAUAAUGAUAAAGUCAACUUUUCUAAUGAUGUCCAACUUAAUAAUGAAUGUGUAAAAGAUGACGAAAUUCAAAAUAAAAAAAAAAAAAAAAAAAAGGAGAUCACCCUUUUGGAUAUAUUAACCAAAGGAGGGAAAAAAAGAAAAGCGAGUCAUGACCAAUUCGUUUUGCAAAAAAAAAAUAAAAAGAAUGAAAAUGGAAAUGAAAAUGAAAAUGAAAAACAUUUAAUAAAUGGUACAUUAAACGAGAGUGAUGAUAAGGAUGAAGAUGAUGAAGAUGAUGAUGAAGAAGAUGAUGAAGAAGAUGAUGAUGAAGAAGAUGAUGAAGAAGAUGAUGAUGAAGAAGAUGAUGAAGAAGAUGAUGAUGAAGAAGAUGAUAAUGAUGAUGAUAAUGAUGAUGACAAUAAUAAUAAUAAUGAUAAUAAUAAUGAUAAUAAUAAUGAUAAUAAUAAUGAUAAUAAUAAUAAUAAUAAUAAUAAUAAUAAUGAUAAUAAUAAUAAUAAUAAUAAUAAUAAUAAUAAUAAUAAUAAUAAUGAUGAUAAUAAUAAUAAUAAUAAUGAUGAUAAUAAUAACGAUGGUGUUAAUACAUGUACUAGCGAAUUGCUGAUCGGAGAAAUGGAAAAGAAUGCCGAAAAAAAAAAGAAAAAUAUAAAUAAAAAAAUUUCCAUUUUUGAAAAAAGACAUGAUGAUGAACAUAAUUUUAAUGCGAUAAAUAAUAUGCAAAAAAAAUCUAAUGAAAAUAAUAAUAAUCAUGCUGUUUUAAAAAAUGAUCAAGAAAAAAUACCAUUGUAUUUUACGAAUGGUUCAUUAAAUUCGUCUCAUGUAGAAAAUUCCUUAAAAGAAGAUGAAAAUAUAAAUGAAAAAAAAAAAAAAAAGAAAAAAAAAAAAACAAAAAAUGUAUAUAUCGAAAGUAAUAAUGAAUAUAAUCAAAACGAUGAAAAGGUGGAAAACAUUUCAUCGGAAUUUAUAAAAAAUGAAACACAAGAAAUUAAUGGGAAGGCAAACUUAAUAAAUGGAAAAAAGAAAAAUGUUAUAAAUAAUGAAAAUGUGCUUCUUACACUGAACACUUUUGAUAUAAAGAAAAAAAAUAAGGACACAAUCACAUUAUCAAAAAAAAAACAAAAAAUAAAUAAAGAAAAUAAGAAAAAAUUAUUGCAAAAUAAACUAAAACAAAAAAAAAAAAAACAUCAUAAUGUAGGAAAGAAUUCUGUAAAAGAUAUAUGUGAAAAAAAUAAUGUUGUAAGGAAAACCAUUUUAAAAAAAGGGAAAUCAAAAUCUACUGUAACAAAAAAAGUACAUUUCAAUUUAAAGAGGAAUACAAUUGAAUACAUUCCACGUAAUAAAAGGAAAAAUAUUAAUUCAUACUUACUUAUGAAUAAUUUUAGAAAUUUUUUAAAUAUACCUUCAUUUGUAUAA